AUGCAUCAGGUUAAGCCCCGCCCCCAUCGCGUCUCUAGGCGACCCACACUCUUCUCUCUCUCUCGCGCGCGAGGCUUUACGUCACUCAUAAAACAAAAAAACCAAAACAUCAUUUCCAGACGGCUUGAUCGUUCAGAUUAAUGAGGCAAAAACACUGAAACGGAGUCUGUAAGAGGAAACGUGGGACGAUAAAAAGGAAACCGAACAGUCACCAGUAAAGGGUGAAGAUGAAUAUGAAGUCUUUACCUGUCCUGUGUAUGUUACUUCUUUUGUUUCACACCCCUUUUCUGCUGGCCAAAGGAGGAGGGGGAGGAGGGAGAGGAGGGUUUGGGAGAGGUUUCAGCUCUAAAACAUUCUCCACAUCUAAUCGUGGCAACACCAAUAAAGCAAGCAAGAACAACCAGGGCUCGACUUCUCAGGGUGGUAAGCAGCAAGGAAAAAACCAAGGAGGCCACCCUUCACAAGAUCGUUACCCCAGGACGAAGGGUGGAGGUUACUACAACCGUUUUCCCGGAACAGCAUCCCCUCUUGGAGGACAGUAUGGAGGAUACCCAGGUGGAUACAUGAACUACAACCCAAACAACAGAAUCCUGAGCCCUCGUUAUGGUGGUAGCUUUGGUUAUGGAGGUUAUAACGUCAGGGGUGGUUCUCCAUUUUCCCAGUCAGUCCACGCUAUGGGUAUGCAUCCUGGUGCCAGAUCCAAGGGGUUUGGACGCAACGCAGUAAUGGCAGCAGCCGGAGGGGCCAUGGCAGGGAUGGCUCUGGGCUACGGGUUAGGAAGGUUCCCCCGGCCUCAUUUCCACUUCCACAACCCCCAGGAGGAGUAUUACUACAACCACUACAUGUACAGGAAGUAUGGUGCUCACUCCACCGACACCAACGACUACAGCAGAGACUACAAGUUCAAUCCACCCCCACAAGACUAUAACAGCUACAUGGACUUGUGCAUGAAAAAUACGGACAUUCUACCUACAGUCAGUCAGAAUUCAAGAACCAAACCAGCUACCAGCACCAAAACCAACACUGACAAGAACUUGAACACCCCUGAUCCUUCAACUCUCCGCCCUUUAAAUCAGCCUAAAACCGGUUCUGGUGACAGCGAUGAAGAUAACGAUACAGUCAGCAUCGUGGAGAUUGGCUACCCGGCACUGAUCGAGCAGGUUAAGGCCAGGAAAUGCUUACAGGCCUACAUGGUUUACUCUGAGAGGUAUUUAGUGAAACAGACUGGAGGAGCUCAGGAGCUGAAGAUGAGUGUUCAUUGGCUUUUAUCUGUGAUUUCUGUGGUUUUAAUUAAYAACAUAUUAAUGCUGGUGCAAUGAGACAUUCAUUUGCUGAGGUAUUGAAUGUGUUGCCACAGAAUGAAUAAUGUAAAGCAUUUAGAGGAGAACCAUGGAAUAUCGACGCUUUUUUUUUUUACAGGGUUUCCACAUCUUUGUGGUCUAAAUCACACUGUUUUUAAAACAAACACUAAAUUCAGUUCUAUUGGAGUUCAGAAAAUAAAAGCUUGGCAACUGCUUUUAAGUGUUGGGUGAAAGUAAACUGAUUACUAUUUAUACUCAGCACACUUAUUAAACUAAACAUACUACUUACUA